CCCACUCUCGGCAGACCAACAAGGACAGUUUUUACAUCACGUGUGUGUACUGGAGUCACAGCCGGGCUGGGAGUUGGUGGUCGACAGAGGGCUGUGACCUGGCCGGUUACAAUGCCACACACACUGUGUGUAAAGCCAGCCAUCUCUCCAGCUUUGCCAUCCUCAUGGCUCUCAAGGAGCUGCCAGCCGUGUUUGAGGUGGAGAUAAUCACAUACGUGGGUCUGAGCGCCUCUCUGCUCUGCCUGCUGCUGGCCAUCGCCACCUUCUACAUCUGCCCCUCCCUGAAGGACACUCGCUGCUGCAUCCACCGCCACCUCUGUCUCUCCCUCUUCAUGGCCGACUUCAUCUUCCUGCUGGGCAUCUCUCAGACUGGCAACCCGGGUCUGUGCGCAGUGAUCGCCGCGACGCUGCACUAUCUGUUCCUGGCGGUCUUCGUGUCGAUGUUUCUAGAAGGCGUGCAGCUCUACCUGCUGGUGGAGGUGGUGUUCGCCACCAAGGUCCCAUUCGAGUAG